AUCUGAUCAAUCAGUACUGUAGCACCCAUGGGGGCAAUGGGGAAAAAACUUUUAAAGAUUUUUAAUGGUUCUAAGCUUUAAUCUGUUAUUUGUUUACACCAAAACCACACGCAUGACUGUAUGAUCAAUGAGAUUGCACCAUUCUAAAAUACUGGAGACUUAUGCUACAGGGCAUUGUUUCAAACCUGUAUCAACACAUGUUUUGCAGUGCAGAGUGCUUUUUUUUUUAUUAAAAAAACUAUAAUUUUAGAAAUGUACCAUCACAUUUCCCAGGCAACGCUGGGUGUAUCCUCUGCUGUUCACUUUAUGAAGGUACCUACAAUAGCACAAGCUGACACCAAUUUCUUUUUUUCCAGAAGGAGGAAACAUCCAAAAAAGACCUUGCCUUGAAGAGAAAAGGCCCCUUCCACUAAGGAUCACUAGCUACAGUAUCCAUGCAGUGCUGGGUCAGGGCGGUUUUGGCACGGUAAUGUUGGCAACUUGUUCCAACAGGAGAAAACCGGUAGCCAUGAAGGUGAUAGACAAAGCCGAGGAUGAAAGAUCUAUUGUCAAGGAGGUGCGACUAAUGAGGAUGGCUUCUGGAUGCCCAUUCCUCUGUCACGCACAUGCAGCUUUCCAAACAAAGCUGACUGCAUGCAUUGUGAUGGAGUAUGCCAGUGGAAACAGCUUGAAGAAAUUCAUUAAGCGCACAGGGAAACUGAAGAUGGACGCUAUAACAUUCUACACAGCAGAGAUCAUAUGCGGCCUGCAGUUCCUCCACGCCAACGGGAUUGUCCAUCGGGACAUCAAACUGGGUAACAUCCUGUUGACCGGCGAGGGACACAUAAAGAUCGCCGACUUUGGUUUGGCUGUAGAGGGAAUGUUUGGCCAGAGGAAAGUUAAAGGCAAGGCUGGAACAGUGAAAUACAUGGCCCCAGAGGUUUUACAACUGAGGAGCUACGAUGCCGGAGCAGACUGGUGGUCGUUAGGAAUUGUCAUCUGUAAAAUGGCCACCGGCAUGACACCUUUCUUUGAAGACGGCAACAACGACACGUUCAUUUCAUCAGUUAUCCGUGAUGAGCCCCUUUUCCCGAAUUGUCUUAGUGCUGAAAUAAAAGAUCUUCUGCACAAGCUCCUAGAGAAGGACCCAGAGAAGCGUCUUGGCUUUAUUAGUAACAUCCGAGCACACCCAGUUUUUUAUUCCAUCAACUGGAAGCAGCUGGAACGCCAGGAAAUACUACCACCUCUCUGUCCUGCAGAAUUAACAACACAAGACAAGAAAUAUUUCAAGCCGCCGAUGAUGCUCAUGGAAGAGGGGGGCAGCGAUUCUUCAAAUGCGAAAAUACUGGAUUUAUCAUUUCUGAAUUACAGUUGGAAGAGAUGAACCACUUCAAGAAAGUCAGGUUUCUUUAGAUAUAUUUACCAACCAUUAACAUCAUUUAACCCUGUCAUUUUAUUCUAUUCAGUUUCCAUUGAAGAACAGUGAAGAUUAAAACAUCUCUGAGCAUCUGAAAAAUCCGGCACCGAGGACCACCUGUCACGGCUUAGUAUGGGUACAUUUCCACAGCCAUUUUUAGCUCUUAGAGCCAGCCGCCAUCAUUGGCUCUACCUCUGGCCCUUGCCACUCGCCUAUCAUCUUUUGGCCCUUAUCAUUGGCCUCUAUUUCAUGUCUAUAACAUUGGUCCCUAUGAUUGCCCACAUCUCUGGUUUUCUCCAUCGGCACCCAUCUUUGGCCCUGUCUAUUAGACCGAGAUCUGGUCCUUAUCAUCAUGCCUCCAUCUUUGGCCCUUAUCCAUCUCUUACUCUUACCACCAGUCUCCAUUUCUUUCCCCUAUUUUUGAGCCCAGAGUUUGGUUGAGUUUGGUUACGUUUCUUAGAGUUUUAAACCCAACCCCCCCCUGCUCUUUGUGCAUCGCCUCUGUUUACUCCUCCCUGCUGCCACUCUCCACUUGCUGGCAAUCCUGAGUACUCUCAGCAGAUAAUCAGCUCCUUCACCUGCCUCCAUCUUUAUCACUUAUGACUGUCCCUAUCUCUGGCCUUCACCAACAGCCUCUAUUUCUGGCCCUCACCACUUGGCUAUCAUAUUUGGCCUUUACCACUUUACCCUGAUCUGUGGCUCAUAAUUGGCCUCCGUUUUAGGCCUAAACCAUUGGCCCUUAUCUGUUGCCCUAUUGGUUCCCAUCUCUGGUUUCUCCAUCAGCCACCAUCUUUGUUCUUCAUCAACGACUGUCUAGAUCAGCCCCCAUCUUUAGCCCAAGAGUUGGGCCAAGUAUAUUCCACUGAAGGCACACAGACGGAUGUCAGUUGCUAAAAUCAUAUAACCCUAACCCCCCUCUCAGUGUGCACCGCUGCUGCUCACUUUACCCUGCUACCAGUCUCACCACUUGCUGGCAGUUCUCUCUGCAAGUAAUCUGCUCCCUCUUCAGUCUCACAUCCAACUGUUGCACCUGAGGCACUUACUUCUGCCUACCCCUAGAUCCAGUGUGGCCCUCACCUUCAGCCACAAAUCUCAUACACCCCACUGUCACAAUUAAAGGAGAACCAACCCCUUGCUAAUAAAACCCC